CAUAAUAAAAUCAACCCAUCAUGGAUUCCUUGACCACUCAUCCGUCCAAUGCCCAACAGGCGAAGAACGUAUGUUGUUGUGAUUGAUGUGGUGUUCGUUCACGCUGUUAACUGACUUCGUCUAGUUCGUAGCCCCGGGCAGUCUCAGCUACCCGAACGGUUCGCAAGAACUUACCGCUCCGGUGGCAGACAACAAGCCAAAUGGUCAGGUGGCUACGAACGGCGUCGCUACUCCCGCAACUACUCCAGAGCAAGUUCCCGCGGCCUCUGCCUCUGCCUCUGGCAUCGUCCCGACCCUCCAGAACAUUGUCGCUACUGUGAACCUCAGCGCGCGCCUUGAUCUGAAGACCAUUGCCCUGCAUGCGAGAAAUGCCGAGUACAACCCCAAGCGUUUCGCUGCCGUCAUCAUGCGUAUCCGCGAACCCAAGACCACCGCAUUGGUCUUCGCCAGCGGCAAGAUGGUGGUUACUGGAGCCAAGUCCGAGGAUGAUUCCCGCCUUGCCAGCCGCAAGUAUGCUCGCAUCAUCCAGAAGCUUGGGUUCAAUGCUUCCUUCAAGGACUUCAAGAUCCAGAACAUUGUUGGAAGCUGCGACUUUGCAGUCAAGUUCCCCAUCCGUCUGGAGGGUCUGGCCUCUCGCCAUCAUGCUUUCUCCUCCUAUGAGCCUGAACUCUUCCCUGGUCUCAUCUAUCGUAUGAUGAAGCCCAAGAUCGUGCUCCUUAUCUUCGUCAGCGGAAAGAUCGUGCUCACCGGCGCCAAAGUUCGUGAGGAGAUCUACGCGGCCUUUGAGCUCAUCUCCUAUUGUGCGACCCAGACCAUGUAUCAAUACUUCGGUCAGCCGCCAAACUUCUCUCCAUCGGCUCGACAUUGAAGAGGCGCUUGUGCUUUCCUUUCUUCUUCCAGUUCUACACAUUUUCCGGUUGCAUUGCAUGGUGUCUCGGCGGGUAAUUCGGUUCGGGUGGUUUUU